AUGUGGGUGUACAAUCCAAGAGAGGAGAUUGAGUUUGAGAAGGGCCAAUUAUUCACCAAUGUGGAUUCCUUUAGAGCAGCUUUGAAGGAUUAUGUCAUCCAAAAGGGAUUUCUAGUAGUAAGAUUGAAGAAUGAGAAAACUAGAGUGACAGCUAUUUGUGGUAUAGAUGGUUGCAAAUGGAGAAUCCAUGCAAGUCCUGUGGCUGAUUCUAUCACUUUUAUGAUUAAAUCUUACCAACCUGAACACACUUGUGUUAUGGAUAAAGGUAAUGUAGAAGCCACAUCAGAUUGGAUUGCAAAAAAGUUGGUGCCCUUGAUGAGAGAUCAUCCGAACAUAUCUAGCCAGGGCAUAGAAGCAGAGAUGAUAGCUAAGUAUGGUAUUAAACCAAGUUACAUGCAGCUUUUUAGAGCAAAAAAGAAAACAAAAGAGGAGAUUCAAGGAAACUUCAGUGAUUCUUAUGGCAAAUUACCAAAGUGUGCAGCACUUCUAAGACAAUAUAAUCCACAAAGCAUUUGCAAAAUACAUUAUGAUAGGCCAAAUCUCCUUGUAGAGCUCAGAUUUUUAAGAAUAUUUGUUAGUUUUAGAACAAAGAAAACUGGUUUUCUUGAAGGUUGCAGGCUGUUCAUUGGCUUUGAUGGCUGUCACUUGAAGGGUCCCUUUAGUGGUGUUUUACUCACAGCAGUGGCCUUAGAUAGGAAUGAUAGUAUAUUUCCAAUUGCAUUUGCUGUAGCUGAAUGUAAAAACAAGGAAACAUGGAGCUGGUUCUUUCACUUUUUCGAGGAGUUUUUUGGACCAUUCAACAGCCAUUUACCUUUAACCUUUAUGAGUGAUAGGCAAAAGGGGCUCAACCUUGCUUAUGAGGAGAUUUUUCCAAAUGCUAGUGCAAAGAGUUAUGAUCAGAUAAGUCACAAUGAAGCAAUGUCAACCAUUAAAGACAUCAACAUACAGGCUUGGAAAUAUUUGGACAAAAUUCCCAAGAAGGCGUGGUGUAGAUAUGCAUUUGCAAAAGAAAUUAAAUGUGACCAUGUCACAAAUAAUUUCACUGAAUCAUUUAAUUCAUGGGUUGGUGAUCUCAGGGGCAAACCCAUACUUACCCUUGUUGAAGGUUUGAUAAGGAAGUUCAUGAAGAAAAUGCAUAAGAGAUACCAAAAAGGAUGCAUAUUAACUAACAGAAUCACCCCAAAGUUUGCUGAAAAGCUCAAAAAAAUUGCUCAAGCAUCAAGGCAUUGUACCCUGAAUAUGGCAAGUGAGGAUACAUUUGAGGUUGGUGAUAUGGAUAGAUCAUUCAUAGUCAAUUUAAACCAAAGGACUUGUGAUUGUGGUGCAUUCCAAUUAGUUGGACUUUCUUGCAAACAUGCUGCACUUGGCAUUAUCUACAAAAGGGACAAGUUGGAAGAUUACUGCAAUCAGUGGUUCUCCAAAGACAUUUACUUGAAGGCAUAUGCUUCUAUGAUUCACCCUAUACCUCAUGAAAAGAGGUGGCCGCCUAUGGAUGAAGUUACGCCUAAGGUUGUACUGCCCCCUCCUUUGAGAAGGGCUCCUGGUAGGUCAAGAGUUAACAGAAGAAGAGAAGCUGAUGAAGGACCUUCAUCUCAGUCAAAAAGGUCUAGUACCUUAAAGUGUGGAAAUUGUGGUCAGUUUGGUCACAACAUGAGAACAUGUCAAAGAGCUCCUGUGCAAAGAAAGAAUCCAGCCAAUACUCAUGCUCAACAGAUGCCAACUAGAAGAGGGAAACCAGGCAGAGGAAUUGCAAAUUUAGGACUGCAAGGAUCUGUUCUUUGGGAACAUACACAUGGGAAUGUGCCUAUUGUGCAUUCAGGUCAAGGUAGCAAUUCAAGUCCUUCUACUGGAAAUGCUGCUAUAAAUGUUCAGGUUAAUGUACAGACAGGUGUAAUUGCCUCUAAAAGAAAGAGAGGAAGGCUUUCAAAUGCUACUUCGACAAAUGCUGCAACAGGUUCUCGCAGAAGAGUUACACCAGAACUUUCUCAAGCUCCUGUGCAAGCCCCUGGUGAUGCUCAAGCUGCUACAACUGUUAGGAUGAAUGUAGCUGCAACUCUUAACUCUACCAAUAUUAGCACCAGCGGCAGUUUUAGCUUGCAUUUCUAA